CCGGAGCUCACAACGUAAACAUUGUUGAAGUACAGCUUUCCAAGUUAUUGUGAUUAAAAAUUAUUUACGAACUGUUGGACACAGUAAAUAGUGAAAAACACAAUUGUAAUUUGCAGUGGAUUUGUGUAACUAUUAACUCGGGUGCAAUUAACGUGAAUGUGAAAUAAAAUCACGAAUUUAAAAACCAAAGACCACCGAAUUGAGGUUAGAAAUUGAUUGUGACACUAAUAGGCUUAGUCAACUGUCAAGUCAAUUUGACGGCGCGACGGUAUCAUUCAUUCUUUCCGUCAGUGUUACCAAUAUAAAAAAAAAGAGAGAAAAAAAAAUAAUAGUUUCUAACACUGCGAUUCAUUUUACGCAAAACCAAAAUAUGGAAGAUCAAUUCGAAAUAUUGUUUGAAAAAAUGAAACUAGAAAUGCAGAAGCAGACAGUAGAACUGAAAGAUUCUAUAACUAAUUCAAUCAUGGAGAAAAUAGAGGAAAAGAUAAAGCCUAUUAUAGCGGAAAAUAAGGAUUUAAAGGAAAAAAUAAUAACCUUCAAGAAAGAGAUAGAAUAUUUGAAAAGAGAUAGGAAGGAAAACAACAUUAUUAUCUUUGGACUACAAGAGGAAGAAAGAUCUACGCCAGAAUUAAUAAACGUGGUGAAGAACAUAUUCUUUAAAGACUUAAAUAUAAAUAUUGGGGAGUUCGAAAUAAAUAAAAUUUUUCGCAUCGGAAGGAAAAUUCCAGGAGGAAAACCUAGACCUGUUUUGCUUGGGGUGCGACCUGUUUUGCUUUCCUUUGUCAAUUCAUGGAAGAAAAAUGAGAUCAUGAAAGUUCGGAAAAAUCUGAAAGAUAUAUAUAUUACAGAAGAUUAUUCUAAAGAAGUAUUAGAGAGGAGAAAGAUUUUACAAAAUAGAUUGAAAGAGGAAAGGAUGAAAGGGAAUUUCGCAUAUCUCAGCUACGACAAGCUUGUAGUAAAAGAAAAUAAUACAAAUAACGAAAAAAGAAAAAGAGAAAAAUCGUCUUCACCCCAAGAUAACACACAAACUAAAAAACAGCAAGUGUGGACACCAUCACAUACAAAUAGGCGCAACGCCUUUGAUGUCAUAAGAGGUAGAUCCAACUCUCUCUCACUCUCGUCCCCCAAGGCGGAUAAUAGGCAAUAACAAUUAGCUAACGGCAACCGGGAAACAAUACAACAUAAAAUUAUAGAUAACCAAAUCAAACUAGAAACUACCAACCUCCCCCAAGCCGACUGGUCCUCGUGGGGGAAAAUGACCACGACCCUCUUAAGAUAAAAAGCAACUGGAAAAAGAAACAUAAUGCUCUAUAUAUCGCAACUUUAAACUGUCGAUCAUUGGGAACUAGUGAAAAACUACAGGAAUUACAAUUGGCAUUGGAUGAAAUAAAAUGGGACAUAGUAGGUCUUAGCGAAGUGAGAAGAUUAGGGGAAAGAAUUGAAGAUCGUGGACAAUACAUUCUAUACCAUAUUGGGGAGACGCCCGGGUUAUACGGAGUCGGUUUCAUGAUCAAAAGAAACCUCGCCAAGAACAUACAGGAAUUAAGAGGGAUUUCAGAACGGAUUGCAUUCCUCGACAUUCAACUUCCUGUAGCUGGAGAAGAAGAACAAAUAUGGACCAUAGUCCAGGCGUAUUCGCCCACUGAAUCAAAUAGAAGAGAAGAUAUAACAAAAAUCGAAAAAUUCUAUGAAGACCUACAAUCCGCUACUACAAAUGCUUCAAAAAACCUAAUAGUUAUGGGAGACUUUAAUGGACAAAUCGGUAAACAAAAAAGUGGAGAAGAAUAUACCAUAGGAAAUCACGGAUGGGGCAAUAGAAGUAAAAACGGCUCACGAUUGGUAUCAUUUGCUAUUGAAAACAAAUUAAGUAUCGUAAACAGUUAUUAUAAAAAGAAAAUAUCAAGAAAAUGGACAUGGAUAUCUCCCAAUGGUCGGUAUAAAAACGAGAUCGACUAUAUUAUGUCCAACAGCUUAAAAGUAUUUGAAGACCUGUCUAUUUUAAGCAAUUUAAAUUUUAACACAGAUCAUCGAAUGGUUCGAGCAAAACUCUCAGGGACACGUGUUAAAAGACCAAGACAAUUUCACAACAGUAUGAAAGCCAUCGAAUGCACCGGUAACACCGAUUUACUUAUAAAUAACCUCGGGACAUCCUUACAAGGAAAGGAAAAACAAUGUAUGUCGACCCAAGAAAAAUACACCCAUUUGCUCAAACAACUGAAAUUAGAAACUAAAAAAGUAAACAUGACUAGUACGACAGCGAUAACAUUUAAAAGUAAGCAAUUAUUACAAGAACGGAAAAAACUUAUACAACAAGGAAAACAUAGCAAAAUUAAUAACAUCCAAAAGAUAGCAGAAUUAAGCAAACGGAUUAGCGAACAACUUAGAAAAGAACGGAAAGCAAGAAGGUUUGAAACACUAAAGAAGCAUAUAAAUAAAACAGGGGGAAUAAAGAAGGCGCUAAAAGAAAGGAGUUACAAAAAGGACUGGAUUCCAAAUAUGAAAAAUAAAAACAGGGAAAAGACGAGCAAAAGGCCAGAAAUACUAGAAAUUGCUACAGAAUACUACAAAAAUUUAUACCAAAGUCGUAAAGGUGAUCAAGUAAUAAAAAAAUACAAUUCAGCAGAUACAGACGAGAUAAAGACAAUACUAACAGAGGAAACAAUAAAAUCGAUUGAAACACAAAAACUAGAUAAAGCACCUGGAUCAGAUUUAGUCACAAAUGAAUUAUUGAAAACAACGUCACCAGUGAUAGCACCAAGACUGACAGAUCUGUUCAAU